GACUUGUAUUCCAUCUUCCAAGUCAUCGGACAGCGGGAGAGAGACAGAGAGGAUGGGAGGAGAGGGGAAGGACGAAAGCGCAGGCCUCCUGGCGGCGGCCGGCGACGAGGAGUCGCCGACGCCAUACUUGGCGGAGGCGGUCGCUUCCUCCGCUCCGAAGGAUGCGUUCCACUUGGCGUACGCGGUGUACUUCACCCUGGGGGCGGGGUUCCUCCUUCCGUGGAACGCCUUCAUCACCGCCGUCGACUACUUCUCCUACCUCUACCCGGCGGCUCCUGUCGAUCGCGUCUUCUCCGUCGCCUACAUGCUCAGUUGCCUCCUGCCCCUCCUCCUCAUCGUCGGUUGGGCCUACUCGUCAAGCGCCCCGCUGCGCAUCAACGCUGGCCUCGGUCUCUUCGUCGUCUCUCUCCUCGUCGUUCCGAUCAUGGACGCCGCAUACGUCAAGGGUGUGAGGGGUAUUUAUGGAGCAUAUGAUGUCACCGUCGGUGCCGUGGUCCUCUCCGGCAUAGCCGACGCCCUCGUCCAAGGUGGAAUUAUCGGAUCGGCUGGCGAGCUCCCUGAGAGGUACAUGCAGGCGGUCGUCGCCGGCACUGCCGCUUCAGGGGUACUUGUUUCAGCUAUGAGAGUGUUCACUAAGUCAAUUUAUCCUCAAGAUGCUCAUGGAUUGAGACAAAGUGCCAAUUUAUACUUCAUCGUGAGUAUUAUUAUGAUGGUCGUCUGUAUCACUUGCUACAAUAUAGCCGACAGGCUUCCGGUCGUCCAGUACUACAAAGCCAUCAAACAUCAAGCUAUGCAAAAAGAGAAGAGCCAGAAAGGCCCUAUGGUUGGUUCUGUAUGGAGAUCAACACUGUGGCACAUUGUUGGAAGGAUCAAAUGGUCUGGUUUCGGGAUCCUGCUCAUAUAUCUCGUCACACUCUCCAUUUUCCCUGGAUAUAUUACCGAAGACGUCCAUUCUGAGACUCUGAAAGACUGGUACCCAAUUAUACUCAUUGCUGGAUACAAUGUGUUUGAUUUGGUCGGGAAGUCGCUGACCGCAUUCUACCUUCUGGAGAAUGAGAAUAUUGCAGUUGUUUCUUGCAUCGUGAGGCUUCUGUUCUACCCGCUGUUCCUUGGUUGCUUACACGGCCCGAAAUUCUUCCGCACCGAGGUUCCAGUUGCAAUCUUGACAUGUCUUUUGGGUCUCACGAAUGGGUACUUGAGCUCGGUGUUGAUGAUACUUGCACCCAAAUCUGUGCCAAUACAGCAUUCUGAGACCGCAGGGAUUGUGAUUGUGCUGUUCUUAGUGAUUGGCUUGGCUAUUGGCUCAAUUGUUUCGUGGUUCUGGGUCAUUUAAGCUGCACUUGCUCCUGUAAAAUGCAUCAUGUAAAGACUUGCAUCCAUUAUUGUUAAUCUCCUUGUUUGAACAAGAUUAAGCUUUAUCAUAAAGUUGGCAAAUAUAUAUAUA